CAAGACGCCUUGUCUCUCAAUGCCGAGGGGGAAACCAUCAAAUCAGAGAAUGGUCAGGAGACUUUCCAUAUCAGCCAUCCAAUGCGAGUCUUUGAUGAUGGCUAUUAUAAGUAUAUGACGCUCAUGUAUAAGCAUCUCGGCAUCGAGUGUGAUCCUCUCAAGUUCCUCUUCAGCUACUCCUUCAUACCCAAGGCAAUUCCGAGUCCAGAGGCCCAAUCGGACCAGGCCCAGGAGGAACUGGCUCAGCCCAAAGUAACAUUCCUCUAUUCUUCAAACAACCACCGUCUCCCUCCUCUUCGUCCUGGUGGGCAGGGCUUCCUCUCGUGGCUCUGGGAGCUCAUCUAUGUUGCUUUCUUCUUCGGUUGGUUUUCCCUCGCCUGUUUCUGGAUAGAUGCCCGCAAGGAUGACCAGCCAGAGACCCUGGAGGAAUACUUCAACCGUGUCCGUCUCCCACGGCACUUUGUGUAUCGGUACAUCCUGCCUCCGUUCGCUACUUUGUCGACAUGCAACCAUGCCGAAAUGCUCAGCUUUCCGGCCCAUGACAUAGUACAGUAUGUUCGGCGCACAUAUAGAGCACCGCACUACCUCGUCCGUGAAGGAACCCAGGUAGUCGAAGAUACCCUCUCAAAGGGCCUGAACAUCCGUCUUGGUGCCCGCGUCACCUCCGUCCGUCCAACCGGCUCUUCGGUCAUGGUAUGCUGGGACUCAACAUCCUCUGCCUCCGAGCUCGCCGGUGAAAAGAUACCGCCCAUGUCCAGCUGUCAGAGAAAAUUUGACCGUGUCAUCCUGGCCGUGCCGCCAAAUAUAGUGGGAGCCAUCUUUGAACCGCUCCGGGAAGAAACCUCUCUCUUGCCCACGAGAUCGGUCGAAUCCCUAAUCCACACGGAUGCUUCCACCUUGCCAAAUAUCUAUUCAGAGCCGGUCAAGGCACAAACAACGUCCAGGGAAGAAGUGGAAUGGGGCCAUUUCCGCUCCACGGUCGAAUCAACGGAGUCCAUACAUGAACACCCUUCGUCAUACAUAAUAACAACCUGCCCCAUAUUACCCAUUGACCCCAGCAAGGUUGUGCGCCGUUCAUAUUUCACCCGAACAUUACGCACCCCUCAAAGCAGGGCAGUAGUCAAUCGUAUCUUUGACAAGUCAGCCACCCCUGAUGGACAAGCCACAGAAAAGCCUGCUGGGUGGCGGAAUGGAGACGGAAAUGUGUUUCUCGUCGGCAGCUGGUGCUGGGAUGGAAUGGUGCUCCUGGAAGGAUGUGUUGUAUCUGCCAUGCGUGCUGCCGAGGAUUUCGGUGUCAGAGUGCCUUGGGCCCAAUCCUGA